UCAUAUGUGCGUUUGGUUCAUGGUCGGCAGGUAGCCUCGAAAUCGUGCGAAACUGUCGGUACAACGGCGGGCGGUCACGCGAUCGACGACGGAAAAUGUGCGUUGAAAUCGAGUAAAGGAGUGUGACAACGAACAGCCAUGUACAGAAGCGGCGACGCUUCCAAAUGAGAUCCUGUCAUAGAUGAGAUAUCUGCUCGACGUGAGACACGUCGCGAGUGCACAGCUCCGACCGCGCCACUCCGAGAGAGAGGAUGUACUGCCUACAGUGGCUGAUCCCCGUGCUGCUAAUACCGAAACCCGUGAACCCGGCGCUGUUGCAGACCCACGUCAUGUUUAUGGCGCUCUACCUGAUCGGCUUCUUCCUGGAGCGCAAACCCUGCACCAUCUGCAGUCUAGUGUUCCUCGCCGCUGUCUUCCUCAUCUGCUACAGCGGCAGCGGCAACUGCCUGCUGUGGAGCACAAAUUGCGACACAGUAAGAUGCGACAAUGGCUAAAAUCGCGCUGUAUUCGCCGUAGACUCGAGAAUUACCCGCCACCACCUACUCCUCUCCCUCGUUGUUGCUUUCUUCCCGUUGUCUUUUAUCUUCCUUCCGCCUCGUUUUGGCGGAAUGUUUAAAGAUAGCUCGUCAAUUCGCGUUGGCGCGCGCAUAUCGUUUCCGACGCGUGAGUAAUCCUGACAGGUUUAGAUCUGCGACCGGUUUGCGAGAAUUUGGGGGACGAUCUAUCUGCGAGAAUCAUUGUCAUGUUAGACAGUUACAUAUCGAUUGUACAUAGACUCCAAAUCGUAGAAUUCUAAAUAACGGGAAUUUAUGAUAGGUUUGUUUGUCUUCGAUGAGUCUCUGAACUGGAUCCAUAUUCUUGAAACUUUCGUAUACGUAAAUUCCUUUGCGCAGAUAUAGUCAUAUAAAAUAGCUGCGCAAUGAAAUUUACGUGUAUGCAAAUAUUUCAAGAAUACAGGCUUUAGUGCGAUAAGUUGGGGCGAAACAAGUAUAUCUUAGAUCUGUUCUUUGCAGCUGAGCACACUUUCAAAACUUGAGAAGAAACAAAAGGUAUUUAGUUGUAACUUUGUUUUCUAUUGCUGAACUGGCUGCACCAACUUGCACUAGUUCUCUUUCUUCCACUGAGUCUUAACUGUAUACUUGUUUCUUUUCAAAUUCUGUACACUAGCUCAGCGGUAACAAAUUUUUGGUGUAAAAAAAAGAGAGAAACAAAACUUGUGCAAGCUAGUGUAGUCAGAUCAACUACAAAGACAGAUCAUUUUGUUCACUCUUAGUGUGCUGUUUCAGAGGUUUUUAAAAAAUGAACAGACCUAGUGACAGGCUCAUUAUAUUGAACUUCCUUUUGUUGCUAAAAGUGCCUUUAAAAGUGGCUUAUAAGGUUUCUGAUUAACUAUAAACCACUUUUAGAGACAAAAGAGAGUUCAGAAUACAGGCCAUAGAGUUGACGUGCAUAGAUUUUAGAACCCUAUUGCAUUCAACAUUCAGUAAGCACCAGCUAUCAGUGAUGUAACAUUAAUGUUACAAUUUCUAAAUGCAAUAUAUGACAUACAACUAUGUAAAUGCAAUAUGACACAUAUGUUAUGUAGCAGUUACAUUGUUGAGUAGGAAAUUGUGUAAUAUUGAUGUAAUGUUACUAUUGGUGUUCACUGGGCGGUUCAGUAGUAAAAUUUCAAGGAUCCAGCGUGAUUCAAGUUUCUGCUUGAUAUACGAAAACGUAUCGUGAGAAAAAUUUACAAUUGACGACGACAUACAUUUCUUUUUAUACUCUUAUCUCAGCUUUUCAAUGAAAUCCUUUUACGAUGUCUUCUGCAUAAUAAUAGUAUUGUAAUAUAAGAAAUUAUUUUUUUGAACAAAUUGUAGUUUCUUCCUAGUGCAACACAGUUCAAACGAUGCGUCCGUAACUAUUCAAAGCAGCGAUUUAUUUUAAAUCAUUCGCUUUGAAUACAUCACGAAGAUCAUAAAAAUUUAAGAUAAUCUACUUGAGAAUCCCUUAGACGAAUUAUUUAUAUGCGUGAAGAUAAGUAGAAGAUAUGCGGAGUAAAUCAACUCGCCUCUUCGAGAAUAUAAAGAUAAGGCCUUUGAAGGAGCAAUCGCUGUGUAAAUAGGCUAAAAUUUCAAAAAUAAUGAUUUGUGAAAUUUGAUCAAAUUAGGGUAGCAAUGUGAUGAUGAACGAAUUUUUUUUGUAUUGCUGGUCUUCUAUGGCCAGAAACGUGAAUGAUAUUUAUUUUAAUCCCUGUAUGUAUUUUCUCCAUAAAGAGGUUAAAGUGAUGCAAAUUCUGUGCUAUAAUUUGUAACUUGUAGUUUGUAACUCGCAAUUUAUAUAAAUACUAGUGUAAUAUCUAUUCAAUAUAAGUAACGUUACCAAUGUAAAUAUUUAUAGUCAUGGUAACCAAAAAAUAUUGUUGAUAUGAUAGUUUACAAGUGUGAAAAACUGAAUUACAAAUUAAGUCAGUAAAUCUUUUAUAUGUAUAUCUUUAAAGUGUAUAAACGAAGGUCAAUUAUCUUCCUGUGUCUACUGCUAAACUUGCAUUGUAACAUCUUGACACAAAAUGCAAAAAACUUUGCGCUUACGAAAAUUGCAGUAAGUACUUUGUUGUAGGGACAUUUAUUUGGACUAGAGUAUAUAAGCUAUAACCGGUGAGAGCUCUGUGACUAUAUAAAAAUUGUAUAUCUCGAUUUCUUGCCGUGUAAGCACAAAAACAUAAAAAAAUCUGUGAUGAUUUCAUUUGCAAACUUUUAAUUUGUUGAAUGCAAUGAAUUUAGCUAAUAAUUGAAUAGUUAGGUCUAAUUUUCAAAGAGGUGAAUAUGCUUGAGAUGUCACUGUAAUAAUCCGUAAUUUUUGCUUCCAUAUAAAAUGUAUGUCGUGAAAGAAUUAUAAACUUUGUAAAAUGUCAUGUGAUUUAAAGAACUACAGCUUUACAUAUAUAUACAUAAGAAAUAAACAGUCCUGAAUAAAACUUCA